AGAACUGAGAAUCGGUCUCCGUUCUAUUUCCAGCCAAAAUGAAAAUUUUAAAAAAGUUUGAUCUUUUUCAUUGGAGUUAAAAUUAUCUGUUUGUUGUGUUUUUGUAUUGGUUCCGCAAAGGAAGGCGUCUACAGUCUACGUCUAAUGUUCCUUCAGAGUUGAAGAUACUUUACUUCCUAGUCCAAACCUCCCGCAGGACGACGGGGGAUGGGAGCAGGCAGGAUUUGAACCAUAGUCAUAGAUAAAUCAGAACGACUGUCCAGCGCGCAAACCGCACGACCAGGCAGUCAACCUUGGCUUAUUAUUAACUUAAGUCAAGUAUGGACCAGCCUCUUGAUAUCCUACUAAGAACAGCAGCUGACUAAGAAAAGUGGAGGGAUUAUUUACGCAAACUGUCACUGCACCCCUGCAAUGAAAGUCAACAGACAGAUGACAAUAAUAAUGAGAGAAUAAUUAUCUGUGUCAUUUUUACUGUAACACUUAUUUUCCUUAUAUUUCUCAACCAAAAAAAUAAAAAUAAACAAGUAGACUGUAUAUCAGAUAUAACAAAAAAAAAAAAAAUCAUUUCUUCUUUAUGAUGAAAUGAUGAAGUAUAUGAAACUUUCAUAUUUUGUUAGCCAUAAAAUAAAUAAACAGAAAAACAAAUUUGCCAGCUUAGAGACCUAGCCCACCACAUUCCUGUAAUUAACACGAUGCUCUAACAUUUUAGCUUACCACAAAACAUCAAAUACAUAACUAUAAAUAAAUAUAUAGAUCUAGAUCUAUUUAAGUAACAUAUAGAUUAUUGGUACUUGAAAAUAAAAUGGCUUCCCAUUUUUAGAUUCUAUCCACUAAAUCUAAAAAAAAUUGUUUGAAUUAAUUAAAUAAUUAAAGAAAUGAAUAUUUUAUGCUUGAUGUAAUUUGUUUACUUGGUUUUCCUAUUUCAUUCUUUCAUUUCAGAAACUUCCCACCCCAGAAGUAUGAAGACAGGAGUUUUGUCUUGGUUCAGUUAUGAAUGAAAGAAAAUCGAUGAAACAAAUUGCUUUCUUCAGUGAUGGGCUGAACAAAAAUUUAUGGAAGUGGUUGAUGUCUGUGUGCAUUUACUUCACUGUGCUUUGCUUUUUGUGCUUAUUCUUGCCCUUUUCCAAGAUUUUCACCGUAGUUCACAGCUAUGAGUCUCUCUUUGACCAAGUUGAAGCAGCAACAGAUGGACGACUCAGAGCAGCCAAACAAUAUUUUCAGACUCAAAACCCAGAAUUGUCUUCCAGAAUUUACUCAGAUAGACUCAGCCAGGGUAACAUUUUGUUUGCCAUAGGUAUUAUUACCAUAAAGCGCACUAAAGAAACAGAGUCUCAUGAAAGCUUGGGUUAUCUCCCUCCUUCCGUAGCACAUAUGGACAGCAUUUUGAAAAGCCAUCGUUUUUUUAACACCAGCUUGCCUUUUAUCUGUAACGUUGAUGCCUUUCCAAGCACGCAUUUUGAUGCUGUAGAUCUCUAUAAGUUUGUGCCUUACACAGAACGAUUUGGAAACAACUCUCUUGGUAUCCCAGCAUUGACCAUACCAAAGACCAACACCAGAUUUAUUGAUCUCACCACACAUAGUUCAAAAUACAGCAAGGAGUCGUUUGACUACGCUUUUUGUUUGUUAUCUGCUGCCACUUUGAAUCCACGCUUUAUUCUGCUAUUGGAGGAAGAUACAAUACCCCAUAAAGAUUUCCCAUCUGUUAUAGAGCACCUAAUAACUUUUAGACUAAAUUUACCUUUAGAUCAUAAACAUGACUUUGGAUUUUUAAAACUUUACUUUCCUUCAAAGUGGCAAGGAUUCGGUUUUGAGUUCAUUAAAAUAUUAGAUCUCUUGUGUUGUUGUAUUCUUGUCACAGCUGUAACUGGUGUAUACCAUUAUCUUCGUUCAUUCCGAUCAGCUACUUUGCCAGGCUUGAAUAGUGUAUUACUCUCAGCAUUUUUGGUGACGUUACUGACCUGCCUGCUAGUUGGCCGUCAAAAUAUCAACGAGUUAAGGCGACUAUCAAAACAUUUCUACAGGCUGCAGAGUUCCGAAGGUUGUUGCACACAAGCAAUGGUUUACCAACCUUCCAUCGUCAGCUCUAUGGCUGAGUAUCUUGUGAAUCCGCUUAGUAACAAACAUACAGAUCUUGCCAUCUGGGAUUUCUCUUACCGUAAUUCCAUCAGGACUUUACAAGUGGAGCCCAAUCUUUUCUUUCAUACAGGUUUGUAUACAACUUUAGAUCAGGUCCAAAAGCAUCCUGAAGAAUUCAUAUUCCAUCAAUAACUUUUUUUUCAAAUUUAUCAUUUGUUAUGUAUAAUGGCUUGUUUCUACUAGUCUUUUACAUUAAUUAUUUUACUUUAAUUUGUGUACCCAUAUUUAAUAUUAUCUUUUAUCAUUUUUUUUUAUUUGGUCACAUUUUUGUCACAUCUACAAUGUUUUAUGAUUUGACUUUUGAAGUCACAAUAGGGCUAAGGUGGCUGGUAGAUCCUAUUAAUUGUGAUAUGUAAAUAAUGAGGAUGAGAAACUAAUCAUGUAUACAAAAUUGCUGCUGUGACAACAUUACAUGAAAAGUUUAGGUUUCUAUAUUUUUACUAGAAUCUAUCUAGAUCCACUGUAUUUUGUUACAAUUCUGUCACUUUUUUUUUUUGCUUUGUAAAAUUAAUGUUUUGCACAUUUUGUGUUUUGGUCAAUUAUUAGUUGUUAUUAAUUUGUAUUGUAUUCUUUACUACAAACUUCCAGAGCCAUUUCCUUUCAUUAAUUUUCUUUUCUUUUAGAGCAUGGAUUCACAGUGUAAAAAAUUCACACAUUUGACAUUUCUGAAUAAUUUAACAGUUAAAGAAAAUAAACUCGAUGCUUUGAAUAGCAGAGUUACCCUUCUUGAACUCAUUCACAAGUAGUGAAUUAAAUUGUCACGAGUAAUGCUUUGAAUAGCAGAGUUACCCUUCUUGAACUCAUUUACAAGUAGUGAAUUAAAUUGUCACUAGUAAUACUUUGAAUAGCAGAGUUACCCUUCUUGAACUGAUUCACAAGUAGUGAAUUAAAUUGUCACUAGUAAUACUUUGAAUAGCAGAGUUACCCUUCUUGAACUGAUUCACAAGUAGUGAAUUAAAUUGUCACUAGUAAUACUUUGAAUAGCAGAGUUACCCUUCUUGAACUCAUUCACAAGUAGUGAAUUAAAUUGUCACUAGUAAUGCUUUGAAUAGCAGAGUUACCCUUCUUGAACUCAUUCACAAGUAGUGAAUUAAAUUGUCACUAGUAAUGCUUUGAAUAGCAGAGUUACCCUUCUUGAACUCAUUCACAAGUAGUGAAUUAAAUUGUCACUAGUAAUGCUUUGAAUAGCAGAGUUACCCUUCUUGAACUCAUUCACAAGUAGUGAAUUAAAUUGUCACUAGUAAUGCUUUGAAUAGCAGAGUUACCCUUCUUGAACUCAUUCACAAGUAGUGAAUUAAAUUGUCACUAGUAAUGAUUUAGGAGAAAAACACAGAAACUACUCAUAUGUUAAAUUUAUUUAUUCUCUUUCUGAAUUAGAAUAUAUUAUAUCACCUAUGCCGUACAAAUAUUUGUAAAAUCAGAAACAUACCACCACAAAUAUGCCCACUUAAAACUAUGUUGAAGAUUAGAAUCACAAGAAACAAACAACAGAUUAAUAAUAUUCAAGAUAGUUUACACUAUCACUUUUACUUUUGGGUUUGCAUUCAGCUGGUAACAACAAUGCAACACAAACUUUUCCCAUCAACAUUUCUCCAUGAACAUACAGAUCAAACAUUUCAUUCUGUGUUGAUUUGUUAUCAGGAAUAUUGCGCAUUUAGAUGUUGAAGCUGUAAUUAUUAUUAUUUGUUGUUGUUUUUUUUCCCACUGUUUAUUGAAUAUUUUUUUUUUAUCUUAUGAUUGUGAUUAUUUAUCUACAUUGUUGGUAAACUGUUGUUUUUUUUUAAAUUGAGCAAAUAACUUAGACCAAAGACUUUUUGUUUUACUGAAUACAUGUUAUACACUUCAUUUUUGGUUUGUUUUGUUUUUGUAAACUCUGUCGACGCAAGAGGGUUGAAUAUUUUUCUAUGAAUGUACACAUUGUUUCUAUUAUGUCAUUUUUACCAAUUUAAGUUCUUCUUUUUUACUAUUCCUCUUCUCUGUGCAAAUUCUUCCUCACGUCACAAAUAAGUUGGGAAACAAAAUCCUGGACGCAGUUCUCAGAAAAGGGCUGUAUCAGUUUUUCUAUAAAUUUUUUAUCUUUUGCAAAAGAAUUACUAAUUGGCCACACUGGGGAAACUCGUAGUUUGACCAUUAACAUUUUUCAAAAAUAUUAUAUUCAAAAAUUAAUUUGGUCUAGACCAGCGGUUCUCAACCUUUUAUGCUCGGCGACCCUUUUUACAAUCCCCACCUCUGCCGCAACCCCCCCCCCCCCCCCCCCACACACACACCACACACAUACAGCAAUAGAAGAAUAGACAAUAACAAUCCAUAUUUUAUAUGCUCUUAGGCGACCCCCAGGUUGAGAACACCUGGUCUAGAUAAUCUUUAUCUUGAACAGACAUAUUCCCACUGUCUUUCACUUAAGAGUUAAAAGAAAUAAAUAAACUUUCAGGAAAAUCUUCCUCACCAUCUUCUAAGCCUGGAUCUACAGGCCUAUCAUUAGAAUUUUAUAAACUCUUGAGUAGAUUUAUACAUUUGCUUAAAGCAUGAUAUUUUUCCCUGGUUGGGAUGGGGGGAUGGGGUGGGGUAAAAAAAAUGUUCAGUUUUUUUAAAUCAAAGGUUGGUCUGCUGUAUAAAGGAGUAAUAGUCUUUUAAAAAAAAACACAACCUUUUUCUAUGUUACUUGUAGCUUAAAUAUCAACUCACUCUGUCUGUCUGUCUGGUAAACAGUUUGUACUCUUUAUUUCUCCCGCACCCAAUUUCGGAUUAAUGCACAAUUAUUUCUUUUACCUGACAACACAAGAAUAAAUCAAAAGAAUUAACCAAUUACUUAAUUAACUAUUGGUAAUUAAUUAUUUUGUUUGGUAUCUUGAACAAAGGAAAGAAAUUGUACUUGACAGAUGUGGUAUAUAGUUAAAUUAGUCCUCUUGAGCCUUGAGUAAACGUUUUUUUUAUGCAUUUAAAAAAUUAUCAUGUAAGCAUUCACUGAGAUACCCCCUUCUUCCCUCCCCCUUUCACAACUGGUCCAGACAAGUGAUAGGAUCAUAAGACAUUGAGAAAGCUGAAAAAAAAAAAUUGGUAAAAAAUUUUCUAUCAACAAAUGUAAAAGUCUAGGUCAAUCAUACAUAAAAUAAUUACAUGACUGAUCCAAACUAAUUGAUGCAAUUGCACGUAAUAGAAACUUUUGUGUUUUUUUUUAAAGUAUUUUUUAUGUUUUUCUUCCCUAUGCAACCAACACCUGACAAUUUUAUCUUUUGGUGAAUGCUGUCCAACAAUAGUUGGUUUUACUUUGUUCUUUAUGGCUGAUGUCAUGUGACACGUUUAUCUUUUGGCGAAUGCUAUCAAACAGUUUUUGUUUUACUUUGUGCUUACUGGAUGAUGUCAUAUGUUUUCAAUUACAUUGGUUGCUCGUUUUAUGAAUUUAUUUCACAGAGGUAAUAUAUUUUUAUUCUCAUAAGAAACAUUAUUACACACCUCUAUACCUGUAUACAUUUAUACAAUAAACCUUUUUCUCAUUGC